CCCCGAGUCCCCGCCCCGUGGCGUUCGUGCGGCCGCGGGAUGUGGACCCUGCGGGCCGCCGUCCGCCCGGGGGCCGCGCUCUCGCGCGUGGUUCGCGGCCGCCCGGUACUCAGGGUCGCGCCGCCGCCGGCGGCGGCCUGCCCUGAGCGCGCGGUUGCGGCGCGCAGUCCCGGAGGUCCGAGGGGCCAGCAGGGGCGGCGUGGCGGUGGCCGGGAUCCCUGUGCAGAUGGCCGGGGCGGCGGGGCCGGACGGGCGGGCGAGGAGGAGGAGCCAGAAGAUGCGGAGGCGGAGGAGGAGGAGGAGGAGCUGCUGCGGAGCGAGCCCUUGCUGCCGGCGGGGGCCCAGCGCGUGUGCGUGGUUCACCCUGAGGUCAAGUGGGGACCCGGGAAGCCGCAGCUGACGCGAGCCGAGUGGCAGGUGGCGGAGGCGAGGGCGCUGGUCCACACGCUGGACCAGUGGUCGGUGGUGGAGACGAUGAUCGUGCCCACGAAAACGCCCGACAGGAAGCUCAUCUUCGGCAAAGGGACCUUGGAGCAUCUGACAGAGAAGAUCCGAGGGUUGCCACAAGUCACCGCCGUCUUCCUGAACGUGGAGCGCCUGUCUGCGCCCGCCAAGAAAGAGCUGGAGGCCGCCUGGGGCGUGCAGGUGUUUGACCGGUUCACCGUGGUCCUGCACAUCUUCCGCUGCAACGCCCGGACCAAGGAGGCGCGGCUGCAGGUGGCCCUGGCCGAGCUCCCCGUCCUCAGGUCCCACCUGAAAGACGUCGUCGCCCACCCGGAUGGACGUGGAGGGAGCUCUCGCUACAUCAUGGGGUCAGGGGAGUCCUUCAUGCAGCUGCAGCAGCGCCUCCUGAGAGAGAAGGAGGCGAAGAUUCGGAAGGCCCUGGAGAGGCUGCGCAGCAAGAGGCAGCUGCUGGGCAGGCAGCGGAGGCGGCGGGAGUUCCCGGUGGUCUCCGUGGUGGGCUACACCAACAGCGGAAAGACCACGCUGAUCAAGGCGCUCACGGGAGACGCUGCUGCGCAGCCGCGGGACCAGCUGUUCGCGACGCUGGAUGUCACGGCUCACGCUGGGUCGCUGCCCUCCCGCAUGGCCGUCCUCUACAUGGACACCAUCGGCUUCCUGUCCCAGCUGCCCCACAGCCUCAUCGAGUCCUUCUCCGCCACCCUGGAGGACGUGGCCCACUCGGACGUCAUCGUGCACGUGAGGGACGUGAGCCACCCCGAGGCGGACCUGCAGAAGGCCAGCGUGCUCUCGGCCCUGCGCGGCCUGCGCCUGCCCGCCCCGCUGCUGGACUCCAUGCUGGAGGUGCACAACAAGGUGGACCUGGUGCCUGGGUACCAGCCGCCGGAGCCACACGCCCUGGCCGUGUCCGCCCUCCUGGGGCUGGGGCUGGAGGAGCUGAAGGCUGAGCUGGAAGGCACCGUGUUGCGAGCCACGGGCAGACGGGUCGUGACCCUGCGCAUCCGCCUGGCGGGCCCACAGCUGAGCUGGCUGCACCAGGAGGCCACGGUGCAGGACGUGCGUGUGCUUCCCGAGGCCGGCGUGGCCGACGUCACGGCCAUCAUCAGCAGCUCCGCCUACGGCAGGUUCCGGAAGCUCUUCCCACAAUGAACGGGCGCCUGUGGCCUGCAGACAGCCCCUCAGCCUUGAGGAUGGCAGCGACCGCGGAAGGCAGCGGUGGACGCGGAGCGCUGCCGGGGGAGCGGGUCGUCGGCGCCUGGCGUGGACCGCGUUCGCUCCG